AUGCCGCCGACCAGGCUACCUCAUGAGUCGGUCCCUGGGACGGGAGCCUCUCAGGAGCUGGCGAGCGGCAGCCGGGGCAGGAAAAACCGAGCCCUCGACCCGAGCUCCAGCAAGGAGAAAAGGCCACUCGACAGGCAGAGCCGCCGACUGCGCAGCAGGACCCACGUCGCCGGCGGUCAGCAGGUGCUCAACACAGACCCUUACAGGUACGUUCCUGAAACGUCGCUGAGUUCACCGCCUUGGCCAGAAAUUGUUCUGCCAGACCCAGCUGAGGAGACCAGACAGCACGCAGAGGUUGUGGGAAAGGUGAACGAGCUGAUCGCCACCGGCCAGUACGGCAGGCUCUUCGCCGUGGUGCACUUUGCCAGCCACCAGUGGAAGGUGACCUCCGAGGACCUGAUUUUAAUUGACAAUGAAUUAGACGUCGCGUGUGGGGAGAGGAUCCGGCUGGAGAAGCAACUAGAGUGA